AUGUGCCCGGGCUCCCUCGCUCCCCUUCCUCAGGCCGCCGCUUACCCCGGGGUCUCUGGAAAUAAUGGAAGGACCCCCUCUGCAGCGUAUCUUUCUGAAGCUAUGAAGCUGACACAGUCUGAGCAGGCUCAUUUAUCACUGGAACUGCAAAGGGAUAGUCACAUGAAACAGCUUCUCCUCAUCCAGGAGAGGUGGAAGAGGGCAAGGCGGGAGGAAAGAUUGAAAGCCCAGCAGAGCACAGACAAGGAUGCCGCUGCCCAGCUUCAGGCAUCUCACAGACCCUCUGCUGAGGACGCAGACAGCCAGAGCCCCCUGCUCUCUCAGAAUUACAGCCCUUCCACAGAGAAACACUUGCCUGAAAUUCAGGGGGUCUUUGACAGGGAUCCAGACACACUACUAUUUUUACCUCAGCAGAAGAGUGAGCCAACAGAGCUGUGCAUUGGAAGCAAAGCCCCAAGAAAUGAUAAAACAAUUAUAGAGGAGCAGGCAACCCAAAUUGCAGAUUCGAAGAGGCAUGUGGAAUUCUUCGUGGCUGAGAAUGAAAGAUUAAGGAGAGAAAAUAAACAGCUAAAGGCUGAAAAGGCCAGACUUCUAAAAGGCGAAAGCCAAGGAUAUUCCAAUAUCCAGUCUUCCUCCCUUGGAUUUUCCAUCUCCAGAACGUCCCCUCAUGGAACUCUCUGA